GAAUUCAACUAAUAAAUUAACUUAUAACCAACACUUUCCUCACUACUUACAUUAGUAGCCAAGUCCAACUUCUACCCAGUCAUAGACAUCCACUUCAUUGUAACUUCACCGGCUUAUUCUGACUGCCUGCUGGUGCCUACACCAUAAAUUUCUCAUUAACUCAUACAUUCUUUAAUAAAUUCAUUCUGAUUCAUAAACUUAUACACAUUCAUUUUUUAGAAAUCCACCAACUAUCAUUCAUUCUUUAGCAUAUUCAACAAUAACAACAAACAUCAUAUCCCCAUGACUACACUCAUCCAACAACAGACUCAUCGGUCGUAUGAUUCACCGUCGGAUUAUCCAUCAUCAGUUAAUGUUGAUAAAGUAGUUGAAUCAGUAACUAAUGCAACCAAAAGAUUAUCCCAGAUCUCAACUAAUACCACCAAUUCUUCCAAAAAGAGAAAAUCUCAAAAUAAAAUUGGACCUUGGAAAUUAGGUAGAACAUUAGGUAGAGGUUCAACUGGUAGAGUUAGAUUAGCAAAAAAUGUUACAACUGGUAAAUUAGCCGCUGUUAAAAUUGUACCAAAAUCUAAUUUUAAACGAUUAGAAAAUCCCAAAUAUAAACAUCCUGAUAUUGCAUCAAAUAAAGAUCGAUUACCUUAUGGAAUUGAACGAGAAAUUAUUAUAAUGAAAUUAAUUUCUCAUCCAAAUAUUAUGGGAUUAUAUGAUGUUUGGGAAAAUAAAAAUGAUCUUUAUUUAAUUUUAGAAUAUAUUGAAGGAGGUGAAUUAUUUGAUUAUUUAAUUAAACGUGGUAGAUUACAAGAAUUUGAAGCUAUUAAUUAUUUUAAACAAAUUAUUAAUGGAAUUGGUUAUUUACAUCAAUUUAAUAUUUGUCAUCGAGAUUUAAAACCAGAAAAUUUAUUAUUAGAUUUUAAUAAAAAUAUUAAAAUUGCUGAUUUUGGAAUGGCAGCUCUUGAAGUUCGAGAAAAAUUAUUAGAAACUUCUUGUGGUUCACCUCAUUAUGCUAGUCCAGAAAUUGUAGCAGGAAAGAAUUAUCAUGGAGCUCCAAGUGAUAUUUGGUCUUGUGGAAUUAUUUUAUUUGCAUUAUUAACUGGUCAUUUACCAUUUGAUGAUGAAAAUAUUAGAAAAUUAUUAUUAAAAGUUCAAAGUGGUAGAUUUAUUAUUCCUCAUGAUUUAUCUUGGGAAGCUAAAGAUUUAAUUACAAAAAUGUUAAGAGUUAAUCCUCAAGAUAGAAUUACUAUUGAAAAAAUUUUAGUUCAUCCUUUAUUAACAAAAUAUCCUGAUCCUCAAAUUCCUAAUUCUUCAUUAAAAUCAAAUGGUAUAAAUAAAUUAUUAAAUAUAAAACCAAUUGAUUCAAUUAAUAAAAUUGAUAAAGAAAUUUUAAAGAAUUUAUCAGUUUUAUUUCAUAAUUGUGAUGAACAAACCAUAGUUGGGAAACUUUUAUCACCAAAUAAAUGUCCAGAAAAGAUGUUUUAUUAUUUAUUAAUGAAGUAUAGAAAUGAACAUUCAACUCAAACUUUAUCAUCAUCAAAUGAUGAUGGUGAAGAAGCAUUUACUUCAAGAAAAACUAUUCCUCGUUCAACUUCAAUUGUUAAAACAACAACCAUUGAUCCUUUAACUGGUGAAAAGCAAGUAACUAUAAAGAAGAUAAUUUCAAGUAAUCCUUCAUCAAGAUCACUUAAUAAAUCUCUUACUCCAAAUAAUACCAAUACCAAUACUACUACUACUAAUAAUAAUAAUAAUUCAAAAGUAUUAUCUAAUAUUACUAAUACUAAUAAUUCAUCAACUGGUUCAAUAAAGAACUUUAAAGCAUCUACUUCUUUUAAUAAGAAAAGAACUAUAUUAAAUAAUCAAGUAAUUUCAAGACAAAUUGUAAGAAAUACUAGUAGUAGUACAUUAACGAAAUCAAGAAAGAGUUCACCUUAUUCUUCUUCAACAAAUCUUAAACAAAUCCCUCCUAAACAAGAACCUCCUAAACUUAAGAGAAAAUUAACAGGAUUAUUGGAUUUAAAUGAGUAUAUGGAUGAUGAUGAUGAUAUUGUUGUGGAAAAUAAUAAAGAAAAUGUAGAUCAUAAUAGAGCUGAAAGUAUUAAAUCAAAAUCAAAAUCAAAAUCAAAAUCAGUUAAAGAAGAAAAGAAACCAGUAGUAAAUGUAAAUGAUAAUAAAUCCUUAUUAAAUUUUGAAAUGGUAUGUGAAGAAGUAUUUAAUGAUCCACAACCAUCAGUAGUUAAAAGAUCUAGUAAAUCUAAAUCUAAAUCCAAGAGUCAAAGAAAUUCUCAAGAAUCUGAUUUAGCCAGACGAGAACGAGAAUUAGCCGAAAGAGUUCGUAAUUCUAAUGAAAUAAGAGAAUUAAGAUUAAAGCAUGAAGAAGAAAAUAGGAAAGCUAAAGAAAUCGAUGAAGAAAGAAGAAGGCAAUCAAUUCUUUUACAAGAAAAGCAAAAGGAAGCAUUAGAGAAAUUAAGAAAACAUCAAAGUAAUAAUGAUUUUGCAACUUUAAAUUCUAAUCCAACCAAUGCUCGUAGAUAUGUUACUGCCCCUUCAAGUAUUCGAUCAUCAUUAGAUCCAAGAGCUAAUUCUUUAUUAAGAGCAAGAUCAUUAGCUGUUUCAACUACAACUACAACCACAACCAUAACUACUCCAACUUCAUCACUUCAAUCUUCAAGACAAGUACUUCCAGUAAUUAAUGAUAAUACUAAUAAAGUAUUACAUAAAUUAGGAAUUGAAGUAGUUCAAUCACCUCGUAGAUUUAGUACUGAUAUUAAAACUUCCAGUUCUAAAGAUUUAGCCAGUUAUUUAAAUCAAGCCAUACCUUCAGAAAAGGAAUUGACUAUUCAAGCAUUUAAUAGUCAAGAAAAGGAAUUAUCAGUAUCAUCUAUUAGUAAAUUUAAAUCAGAAUCAGAAUCAGAAACUAAUAAAUCUCCUCAAAGGAAAGGUAGUGUUCAAUCGACUUAUUAUAAAUCAUUAUUAACUGAUAUAAAUGAAAAUACCAAUGCAAUUAUCAAUCAAUCUAAUAGACGUAAAUCUAGUUUCACACCUAAGAUAUAUGAAGAUAAUAAUAAUAAUGAUAAUGAAAUUGAUAAUGAUAUUGAAAUGGAUAAUGAUAAUGAUAAUUAUAGUCGAACUGCUGGUGAUCUUACAUUAAUGUCUACUAUAACUAGAGAUGAAUUACCUAAUCCUCGAUUCUCGAGAUUUUCAUUUGGAGGAUUUCUUAAGGGAGAUACUGCCAUUGGCAUUGAUACAUUAACUUCUUCAACUGGUACCGUAAUAAGGAAAAAGAGAUUUAGUGAUGGAUCAUCUGAUUUCCAACUGAAAUCUUUAAAGACAGAAUCUGGUAAUGGUAGACUUGAUAGAUAUGGUAGUAUUAAUACUAAAGUUAUUGGUUUAGGAGUUACUACUAGUAGUACUACCAGUAAACCUAAUGAUCAAUCUCGAAAAGUAUCAGCCAUAUCAUCUAAAUAUAAUGAUUCAAACUUUGUAUCAAUUAAUGUAACUGAUUCAGAAAAGGAUGAUGAUGAUACUUUUAAUAAUAAUAUAACUAAUCUACAAAAUAAUGCUGUUAGUAUUCAAGAUUUUGCCGAUGAUGAACAAGAUUUUGAAGAUGAUUCAGAUACUACUAUGUUAGAUGAUUCGCAAUAUUCAAUUCAACCAAGUCAUGAUGAUAAUGAUCAAAGUCGAUUACAAGUUAAUCAUAAUCAUAAUCAUAAACACAAUACAACUAUAAGUAGAUAUAGUAAUGGUAGUUCAAUUAAACUUAAUAAGAAAUCUACCGGAUUAGAUGUUGAUUUAUCUAAUUUUGAUUUAAUAAGUUCAAGAACUGCCGAUGUAGGAUUAUUAAAUACUAUUCAACCAAAUAUAGUUGAACAUCUGGAUCUUUCAAAGGAAACUUUAAUUGUUAAGAAUUCUCAUACUAGUACUACUACUGCUGAUGAAGAUAUUUCAUCAAUGUUUAAGAGUUAUCAUCAAUUAUCAUAUAAGAAAGCUAAUAAGAGAAUAAUUUCAUCAAGUAAAGAAGAAGAAGAAGAAGAAGAAGAUCAGGAUCAGGAUCAGGAUCAGCAUCAUGAUCAUGAUCAUGAUACUUUCCAAGGUAAUAUAGAACGUAACGAUAUCUUAGAUAAUUCAUCAAUUGUUGAAAGUAUACUAGAACAACCAACUGAUGAUAAAGAUUUUGAAUAUGAAUCAACAUCUAAGGCUUCUGGAUCUCCAGCUUAUAAAGAUCUUGAACAUUCUAGAAUCGAUACCGGUAUCUUUAGUACUAAAGCAUUAGUCUCUAAGCAACAACAACAACCACCACCACCACUACCACAACAACAAGCAAAUCAAAAUGAUAACACAUCUAUUAAGAAAACUAUAGUCAUUAGUAAUGCCAAUGAAGCUACUGAAAGAGAUUCUACUGUUAAUCCUAACUCCAACCCUAAAAGAGUAUCACUUUUCAGAAGAAUGAGUUUAAAUCCUAAACGUGAAGCUCCUAAAGUUCCUAAAGAAGCUCAUACUACUAAAGGAUUUAAACCUAAUGAUACUCCACAAAAGAGUAAUUGGUUUAAGAGAAUCUUUCAAUCACUUACUUCUAGUCCUCGUACUAGUAAUAAUAUUAAUACUGAAAGUGCUAUAAGUUCAGAUAAGAUUCAUAUAAUUGAUUCUACAUUAACAUCAAAUGAAUUAAUUCGAAUCAUUAAGACACAACUUGAAUUAAAGAAAAUUGAAGGUUCAAUAGAUAAAGUUGAAAUUGAUGAUGAAUUUGGAUUUAUAACUGGAAUAAUUCCAUCAAAAUAUGCUCAUGGUCGUAAACUUAAAUUUAAGAUUGAAAUAAUUGAUUUAAUUAAUACAUCAUCUUUACAUAUUAUAAAAGUUAAAGGGACCAAUAAAGGAUUUAAGAAUUUAAUUAAUAUUGUUACCUUUAUAAUUAAACAAGAAGAGCAAGCUACUAAUAAUAGAAAAUCAAAUGCUUAUCAAUUUUCUGGAUAUCAGAAGUGAUAAUAAUUAAUAUUUACUCUCUUUCUCUCAUGUAUACUAUAG